CGCUGGUUGAAAGACAUCUAUUUGGCCAUCCAUGUUUGAGCUCUUUGUGCAGUUGUUGAGCACUCGCAAUGUAAUGCAUCUGUUGACAGGAAGACAGACAGACACUGUUGCGACUGACUCGCCGACUGUCCCAUCCAUCCAUCCAUCCAUCCAUCCAUCGAAUCGAUGGCAAGUAGCUAUCGACGUACGGCGGGCAGGCAGGCAGGCAGGGAGGGAGCACGGUAGACGAACAACUGAACAACCCUUCCCCUCCCUCAGACCCGACAAUGUUUGUUCUCAGCCCAGCCCCCACAGAUACACCGCUGACAACAAAACAAAUGCCUGUCUCCUCUUCUUCCCCCCCAAUGCCCCCAAUGCACCUUGUAUGGAUGGCUUCAUUCACAAGCCACCCCACCCAGUCCCACCCAGUCCCGUGGAUCGAUCAGUCACCACUCAUAGGCCUUCCCCACACAGUCCCUCUUGUAGUGGCUGCACCCCCCACACCCAGCACCGGCACCGUGGCCAUGAUGGUAAGGGGAUGAUGACGGGUAGUCAGCCCCAGUGCGGAAGUAGUCCGCCUCACUGCACCCCCCCACUCCCACCCCCACUCCCCCCCUCCCCUCAUACCCCACAGCCCCCAGACUCGACUUCCGAUAGCUGCUCAUGCGGGCCAGCAGGUCCCCCGACUCGUCCGUCUUGCGCGUGCCGUAGAUGGGCAGGCCGCAGCGCGUCCCGUCGGGUGACCGUUGAGUGCCGUGCAGGAAGUCCCGCCCAUAGUCCCAUGAGGUCGCCUCCCAUCUGUCGGAGCCGGCGUAUCGGCUGCCGGGGCCGAUGUCCAUCAUGAGGGAUGACCGGGGGCGGGGUGGAGGGAUGGGGUCUUUUGACUGCACGAGACAGACAAGGAGAGAAUGGGGGACCUUCUCCCUUUGUGUGCUUUGUGUGUGUGUGUGUGUGUGUGUGUGUGUGUUGCACGCCCCCCCCACCGACUCCGACUCACCCAGUGCGGAUGGUCUCUGUCGUAUCCUUGUUGGUCCAUGGCCGACGUGAGGAAAUGCUGCCGGUUCUUCGGAGGCAUGAAGUGGUAAUCGCCGAUGUCCUACAACAGACACAAAUCAUCCACACAGAUGUCAGGCGUCAGUGUCUCUCUGAGACUCGUGGGGCCGACCUGAUAGGAGGUUUUCCAAAGUUUUUCUUGCAGGCGACUGAGGUUAUAGUGCCGCUCCCCAAUCUUGGCGACGCCCCGACGGUCAACCUGACGCCCCACACACGAACACACUGUGCAGCCGGUGCCGCAACUGGGUCAGGGCUUCCCUUCUUACCCGGAGGUCAUCCAGCUUGAAGUCAUCGACCCCAGGAAGGAAAUAGUCCGAGCGGUACUUGUAUGACAUCUCUGUCAGGUUUGUGACCA